AUGAAUCUCCAGUACGACACGUCAAACGUUCUCCUAGGAAGGGUGGUCGGUAUGGUGGAGAUGGGGCUGCUACCCUGCCCUGUCCCCCUCUCACGGCGACCCGCGCCUGAGCUUCCCUACUUGGUUAACCUCGCAGUGCUCAAGGAGUACAGGAGGAGGCAUCAGAGGAGUGGGGAGUACCGAGAGAUCUUCCUGUACGUGAAGGCUCAGAACAGGGUAGCACAAGCCUUGUACUCUGCGAUGGGAUACACAUGCGAGUGGAGAGAGCCGUCCUGGUACCGGCUCAAGUCUGGCCUCCAGAAGUUACAGAGCAACCCCCGACUCUUCCUGAGGAAAGAGCUCUUGCCUGAUAUUGAGGACAGGAGGCAGGCGAAGAAGACGGAAAACUUGAAACAUGCCUCCCCUCCCGCUGUCACCGAGCUUUGA